UUAGCACUAAUAGCCUGAAAAAGUUUCACGUGCGAUUGUAAAUAAAGGGGCACGUGUCUCGACUCUCAUUGUUAUUGACUAUUUCUGCUCGCUUCGUGGUUCCGCGUUUUGUGUUUGUCGUUGAUAAUUUUAUUAUUUCGUUAAUUCUACUAAAUUCAACCAUGCCCAUGCCGACACAAAUGCUUGUACAAGAUACAAUGGAAGAGCCAGCGUCUAAAGUGAUGAAAAAAGUCGAUAUAUCAGACGUUGACAUGGAGAAAGGUUCGAUCAUAAUUGAAGGCAAAACGAAGAUCGUUUACGAAUUGCCUAAAGCUCCAGGAAAAUGUUUGGUCCUCUCAAAGGACUCAAUCACUGCAUACAAUGGUGUGAUGAAGAAUACACUCGAAGGAAAAGCAAGCAUUUCAACCAAAACUACUUGUGCAACAUUUAGUAUUCUUGAAAAUGCUGGAAUAAAGACUUCACUCAUACAGAAGGUUGAUGACAAAUCAUUCUUAGCUCAUCGUUGUAGUAUGAUUCCCAUUGAAUGGGUUACAAGACGGGUGGCUACAGGAUCAUUUCUUCGACGUAAUGAAGGCGUGAAAGAAGGAUAUCGAUUCAACCCACCAAAGCUUGAAAUUUUCUACAAAGAUGAUGCAAAGGAUGAUCCCCAAUGGUCAAGAGAGAUGCUUGAGGAAUCCAAACUCAAAUGUGGAAAUCUUGUGAUAACUGCGGAUGAAAUUGACAAGAUGGAAAAGAUGACUGUUGCCAUAUUUGAAAUACUGGAACGAUGUUGGCAAACAAAGAAUGUCAGCCUCAUUGAUAUGAAGAUUGAGUUUGGUGUUUGCAGUGAUACAAACGAGAUUAUCCUGGCUGAUGUCAUUGAUAACGACUCUUGGAGGAUUUGGCAAAAUGGUGACAAGAGGUUAAUGAUGGAUAAACAGGUUUAUCGGAAUCUCAGAGGAACAGAGAUCACUGAUGUAGAAAUGCAAAAUUUGAAACAAAACUUUACCUGGGUUGCGGAUACUUGCCAUCAAAUGGCUGAGGAAUUCAGAAACUCAUUAGAAAUAUCAAAAGGUCAAGUGGUUGUGUUAAUGGGCUCAGCAUCUGACAAAAGCCACUGUGAGAAGAUUCUAAACACUUGUGAUAAGUUAGCUGUGAAAUGCAUUCUGCGAGUGACUUCAGCACACAAGGGCACUGAGGAGACCUUGAAAAUAUUAUCAAAAUUAGAGGGAGAAUCGUUACACAUUCCAACUGUGAUUAUAGCUGUUGCUGGACGUAGCAAUGGGUUAGGACCAGUAAUGGCAGGAAACAGUUGUUUACCUGUUAUUAAUUGUCCUCCAGUAUCUGCUCAGUGGGCAACUUCUGAUAUUUGGUCGUCACUCAGACUGCCAUCGGGUCUUGGCUGUGCAACUAUUAUUGAUCCAGAAAUGGCUGCUCAAGCUGCAGCACAAAUUCUUGCCCAACAUGAUGUUGUCGUCUGGUCAAAAUUACGAGUCCAGCUCUUCUCUAAUUGGCUCAAAUUGAAAAAAGCUGAUAUGGAAAUGAGAAGAGAGAUGCAACGAGAAUGACGAUACAAUUGAGGAUAAAAACACUUCUUGCCAAUUUUCACCUCACCACUUUGCCUGCCUUAUUCACCGACUGUUAAAACGACCAGGUUAAACCUCGAAUCUUGGUUCAUUUUUUUCCUUCCAUGAAGUGACCAAAUGUUUUUCUCUUAAGUUUCCAUAUUCAUGCAAUCUUUCAUAGUCGAAUUACAAACUUGUGAAAUUGUAUCACUGUAUCUCCGCUUACAAAAAUUUAACGAUUCUUGUAGUGUUUAUGUAAACAGUGUUAAGUCUGUAGUGGCUUACAGGAAAUCUACUAAUUGCAAUAUAUGGAAUCAUCUCACGUUAUUUAACAACCAUAAUUGCUUAUACCAUAUGGAAAUACUACAAUAGAGCAACAUGUUGUAUUAAUUAACUGAAUUGAGGCGGUUUCAAUAUUUCUUCCGAUUUUCAUGGUCAGACUUUAGCAAUAUGCAAAGCUGCAUUUAAUAAUUUUGCCUAAAAAAAAUUAAUAAUUUUACUUUUAUCAACUUGCCAAAGCUCCAUAAAAUGAAUCAUUCAAUAUGCUGGAUGCCUCCCUGACUGAAGAUUGAUUUUUUUGAAUAUCUGUUAUUGAAGAUCUGUCUAGUCUUGGUAUUUCAGCCACGUAUCCUUGCUUGCAUUUUCUCACAACUUUGUUACUUUCAUUGUGUUUGUCUCAAUCUUGACUGCCAUAUUUUGUUGCAUUUGUACAAUACACGUUCUCAGGCUUCAACUA